UAAACACUUGAGAUAGUCCAAAUUUAGCAUUGAAUCCCCUUUAUGAGGCAUUGCAGCCCAUUUAUGAAGAUGCUGCCUCUCAACGAGGACCUGAGCUACUGAUGUUGUGAGAUCAGGCUGCAUUUGUGCAUCUUGUAACAUGAUCACAAGAGAGUCUGGAGUCCUCUGGGCUUCAGAGGCACAGGAGUGUUUUCUGCCUGAUGAGUGGAAGACCAUGCAACACUAUGACUGGCAAUACAAACUCUUGCUGCUCUAUUUUGACGUUCCCACAGAGACUAGUCUGAAGAACACCGGCUCUGCGAUGUCCACUGAGAUGUGUGCUUUGUUCUAAACCGCUCAGACUGAAGCAGGACAGUCAUGAGUGCUGACAUAGCUAACAGGCUGGAUUUGGACCCUGAUUAUAAUGCUGAACUGGCUGACAUGGUAGCAGCCAUGAACGUGGCUGCCAACAGACUGACCCCUUCUAAUGGCUACAGGACCACCCCACAUCGCCUCAGUCUCUCCGAUCGCAAGCUGUCACUGCAGGAGCGAUCCAGUUACCAGAAUGGCAUCACCACACGAAUAGCCAGAAGACCCACGAUUGAAUCGAAGCGGGUGUCUAUCUCUGAUGGGGAUGACUGUGUCCAGCUAAACCAGUACAAGUUAAAGAGUCAGAUAGGAAAGGGUUCUUAUGGGGUGGUCAAAUUAGCAUAUAAUGAAGAUGAUGACCAGUAUUAUGCUAUGAAGUUGGUAUCCAAAAAGAAGUUAAUGAAGCAGUAUGGAUUCCCACGGCGACGUCCUUCCAGAGAAUCAAAUGGAUCCCAAGAGAAUCUUUUAAAGCAUUCUGGCCUAUUGGACCGGGUAUAUCAAGAAAUUGCUAUAUUGAAGAAACUUGACCAUCUUAAUGUUGUUAAUUUAGUUGAGGUUCUCGAUGACCCGGCUGAGGAUAACUUGCACAUGGUCUUUGAGUUGGUACCUAAAGGUCCAGUGAUGGAGAUCCCAACAGACAGUCCUCUAACAGAAGAAAUGGCCCGCUUCUACUUCAGAGAUGUCAUCCUAGGAAUUGAAUACUUGCACUAUCAGAAAAUCAUACAUAGAGACAUCAAACCCUCCAAUCUGUUGCUGGGGGAUGAUGGACACAUCAAGAUCGCAGAUUUCGGUGUCAGUAAUGUGUUUGAGGGGAACGAUGCUCUCCUAUCAGACAGUGCAGGAACACCAGCUUUCAUGGCACCUGAAACUCUGACUGACCAGGACCUCAGAUUUAGUGGAAAGGCUCUAGACAUAUGGGCAAUGGGAGUGACGCUGUUUUGUUUCAUCUUUGGAAGGUGUCCUUUUCACGAUGAAUACAUCUUAGGCCUGCAUGAAAAGAUCAGGACUGCGCAAGUCGAGUUCCCAGACAUGCCCGUGAUCAGUGAUGGGCUGAAGGAUCUCAUCGUCAGAAUGCUGGACAGAGUCCCUGAAACUAGAAUCACGUUACCAGAAAUCAAGCUGCACCCGUGGGUCACGCUUGAUGGCACGGAUCUUCUGCCUCUGGAGGAGGAGCACUGCACUGUUGUGGAGGUCACUGAGGAGGAGGUGCAGAACUCUGUCAAACUAGUUCCCAGCCUGUCUGCUGUGAUCCUGGUGAAGUCCAUGCUGCGGAAGCGCUCCUUCAGUAACCCGUUCGAAUGUCCCAGCCGCAGGCAGGGCAGGUCCAUGUCUGCCCCUGGUCUGACUGUGGAUAUGUCACUGUUUCGCCCUCUAAGCAGAGGGAGUAACAGUAACAGUAACGGAAGCAGAGAGGGAGAGCUGGAAAACCUCAUCGAGGAUGAAACUUUUCCAUAAAUGAGCAAAAAUAGUUUUUCAUAUUGGCCCAAUUGUGCGAUUAGCCAUUUUUCCCAUCUGCAUUGGAUUAUUUUGAGCAUCAACAUGAAAAUUCUAUAUACUGUACACACUGCAUGAUGGUUAUCUUGUGGAGGUACCUUUAAAAUAUAAUGCAGAAUCUGGUAAAACUUUAUAUUAGAGUAAUAAUUGUGUUUCAUUGUAUUUACGUGCCAAACCUAAAGUAAAUUUGAAAGAAAUUUAGAUUGAAAUGCAUAUGUAAAAUGAUUGUAUCAGUGCAUUCGACAGAUAAGCAUGUGAUCACUUUGCUGUGCAGCAGAAAUCAGCUUAGCUUUGCAUGAGAUGUAUUAGAAGUCUGUUAUAUCAAAGGUCUGUAUGCUGUUUUGUUGUCCUUUUGAGGUUUUGAAGUUGUGCUGUGCAUUUGAUCUGUGGACACACAUAUAUAAAAUACAAAUAAUUUGUUU